AUGGAGGUUCACCAAUAUCAUCUCGAGACACUGGCGAAGAUUAUUGCCGCUCAGGGUGGCAUGGAUUUGGUAGCUGAUCACCCUAAAUGCACAAUACUCCAGUUCGACGCGUGGUGGAGCCUGUCUACAGGACUUCGAUACUUUUCUUCUCCGCGUUUUCUCCCUCAACCCGAGGCGGAACCGGAAAUAUUGUCUACUCAAUUCCAGCACCAGAUCUACGAAAUCCCGAGGGGUUUCCGCACCUUCGUGAUGGAAGGAAAAUGGUCCAGCAGCACGGUUGAGAUUCUCAUCCGUCUCGCGUAUGUCUACCAAAGGAGGAAACUCCAGAGAGAUGAGUCGGGAUGUAUCGUCGGCCUCCCUCACACGGCCCAACCGGUCUGGCGAACUUUCCAAGAGGCAUGUCCUGCAUUGGACGCGCCAGGCGCAGGCAAUGAGAAGCUGCUGGCGCUGUCGCUGGUUCUUUACUGUGGGAUUGGCUUCGAUUCAGCGCCUGUGUCGAGCAACGGAGGUCUCGCAUCGAGAGGUGCACUUACCAAAAUACUCACCCUGUGCGAGCUGCCAUCAGAGUCGUCAGACGAAGUGUCUCUUCUCUUUUGGGUAUGGAUGGUGACCAUAUGCGCGUGGCACAAUGCCUCUGGGAACGGGUUCUUGCCACCCGGUGUCGACCUGCUUCUGAAGUUGCGCCAGAGGUUUGUAAAUGUCGAGGAUUGGGAUGCUGCAAAAGAAAUAUUGGAGGCUUUCUUCUGGAACGACAAGCUUAGCGAGCUAUGCAAGGCAAAGUUUGAAGGAACGUGUCUUGGUUAA